CCCAUAGCAACCAAUGAUGUGACAGGUGGUUUUCACUUGAUCAUCACCAUCAGGUAUCUUGCCGAACAAAUUCAGAGUAAACUGUGCUGGAGCACCACAUAUACAAAGAUGAUGUUCUACAUGUCAGCCCAGACUCUGAGCUCUUCAUCUGAGGUCCUCCUUCAUGUGCCUCCUGUGUGAGAAGUUUGGAUGGUGGCAACACAAGCAUGGGCUUUCUCUGAGGUGGCUCCCCGCUUGUGGAUUGCUCUUCUCAGCGAGACUCACCUGGCACCUUCACUACACAGCUUUAACCGCGAAGCAAAAACAUUCCUUUUUUCUCAGGCCUUGGGGUAAGUAAACAAUCAAUGACCUUUAAAACUGUGUGUGUGGCUUAUUGCUUUUGUUUGUUACUAUGGUGUGAAUUUUUGUGUUUUCAUAUUGUAAACCACCCUGUGAUCUUUGGAUGAAGGGUGGCAUGGGAAUUCAGUAAAUAAAAACAAAUAAUUUUGCUGUAACGUCACUUUAAAUAGGCCUAUUGUGUUUUGCCAGCAAAAUGUUUUAAUCUGCAGGACCCUGGAUUUAUGUUAUAUUUCUCCUGGCAGCUACAAAUCCGAGCAAAUAUUGCCACUCAAAUAGUAACCGAAUCUGCUCAGGCUUUGUAUUGAGAAUUCAUUUUUCCUUUCAAAGCGUUUGGCCUGGUUGUGUCUGUUUCAUCACAGCCAGAGGGUGAUGGAUAUCCCACCUUCCCUCUUAAUCUAUCACAGUUUCGCAAGUCCAGAAUACAUUUCACAUGUUGUCAGCAUGCUGCACCAAGGCUAUAUACAUUUGCAAGUAUGUAAUUAUCAGCUGGCUGGUAAAUUGUUGCCCACCCCUACCCUCCCCUUACAUAAAAAACAACACAUUUCAUUUAUAGUGAUAGUGCUUAAUAUUGUUUAAUCAAAUAUGAUCAAUGGUGCCCGCCUGCUGUUGCAGUUGAUGUCGAUAAAUGAACAGGAAGUGUACUUUGAAACAAGGGAUGUAAAGUAUUUUGUAAGUAAUGAGCAUCAUAUUUAUUUACAUCAUAUUUGGGAUGUAAAUUUUGUGUUAGGGGAGGGGUAGUAACUCUGGUGGGGGGACAUAUUGUGCUCCUUCUGGGGUAGUUUGUCCACCUUUGAUCUCUACCCUGCUCUCAGCUCUCACCUGUGGCUCCCAGAAGCUGUCAGCAUACGACAACAGCCACACCCUGGGAACGGCUUCGACUGGCCAUUUAAACGAAGUGAGGGUAGCCGAUGGGUCUCAAAUCCAUGGUUGAGUUAGGGACUUCCCCUGCAUGCAAAGACAGGCUUUGACCAAUUGAGCAGACGAGACCAAUACUGGGUUCACUGGUCAAGAAGGCACGUGGUGUGGAGGGAAGUGAGGGACAGUUGGGGCUCAUCAACCUGGAAAGGUAGCCCAUCCAGGAGAAAGAAAACUCUGACCCUAAACAUCCGCUGCCUUGUGGGAUAUCUUCGGGAGAAGGAAAGACUAAGGAGUAAAUCCUACACAAAUCUGGCAUGGAGUCCCCAAGAUGGUUGGUUGGCACCUAGUAUGCCUCCUUCGGGAAAGUCCUGAAGCCAAGUUGGUGCCAAAUGUAUUGCUCUGCUUUGCUUUGGACCACAUCAUCGAGGUCGAGAGGGGGGUCUUGUUGCCUGGGCAGCCCAGGACCUCUAUACACACUGGGGAGGUCACUUCAGUGCCCCUAAUGCAGUGGUUUGACUUCACCCCGAGAAACGCAUUCCGUUGUCUCUCGAGACAGAUGGAUGCCAACUAUUCGAGAUCAGACUUUCCUGCCAGCUAUUUCAAAGACCAUAUUUCUGCCUGCGGAAACUAUGAAAGUGAACUUACUUUAGUGGAGAUUUCUCAGGCAGUAUGCACUAGGGAUGUAGCCUUCCCUCUUAUUGGUUUUUUUAUACCAAUACUUUUUUUCCAGCAGAAGAAACAGUUUGCUUUCCUACAGUGAUGGCUGGUUGCCCACAGAGCUAGGGGGGCGGAAUGCAGGGAGGCUAACCAUAGGUGGCGCCAGAGUCACUGACAGACAGACAACCAGCCCUACUUUGGCCCUCCCUGCAGUUCUACACAAGGGUUUAAGAAGGAGGAAGCCAACCAUAGCCAGAGCCACCCCCUGGACUAGUUGUAUGUAAGAGCAAUUGAACUGGAAUGCAAUUUCAUACCACUGAGGUAGCUCAGUUAAUGCAUGAAGGGGUUAAGAUUGUAGAGUUCUGUUCCUAGACUUGGCUGGGUCAUGCCCCCCCCCUUCUCUGUGAGGAAGUGAAGCUGCUUCUAUUCCCAUUCUCUUACUCUCUCUCCACACCAUGUAACCGACCAAGACGGACAUGUCUGAAGUUGGUCCAAGUUCAGACUGCAUGAUUGAAAUACAUUCUGCUUGUUGCACACAAGUAAUCUACUUAUGUUAUCCUUGCUGCUGCAUGGAGUAACACAUGAACCUGACCUUUAGAUUUAAUAAGUAAAGCUUCUAAGCUUUUCAACAGUGUGUGGCCUGUUCAUUGCUAGAGGGGUAGAGAGAGGGGCAAAAGCUUUAAAGCAGACUAAACAGGAUAUGCAAAAGGGCUGAACAAUCUAUAUUCCACACUUUGCUGCUGCUUAACUGCAAGAGUGUUUUAAACUCUGCUAUGGGCUCUGUCCUGCUGGAAAGUGUGCAAAGCCCCACAUUUUGAAUCUAGACAUGCAGCUAAUUCUUUUUUUAAUUACUCACAUAUGGGUCAGCUCUAUUUCCCACCUACACAGAGCCUUAACCCAUGAAACAAGACAAAGGGCAAAACAAUUUUAAGCCAUUUUAGUAGAUCUCCUUGGAAAAUCAGGAAUGAGUUUUUCAGCUCCCCCUACCACAAAUUUUGACACCAUCCCAAACUAUUACAAUGAGAAAGGAUAACUAGACAUCCCUUCUGGGUUCUUCCAUAUGCUCAGAUAAACAUAUGGUAUGUAGGCUGCAUUGAGCCCACCAAACAACAUUCCCCUCCCCUGGCUCAGGAAGUCUUUGCUAAAAUGAUGAGAAUCUUAGCAUGCCAUGUUUCUGAAGCCUCACAUUUUCAAGGAAAGGGCAUGAAGCAACUGGUGCUAGGAUUACAGCCUUUCACCCUCAGCCCAGAAGACCCCUGUUGCUUUUGAUAGGCGGGUGUUUCACUGGCUGUUGUUCUGUCACUCUAGCAAAGCAACUUAAACCAUUCUAGGCAGGUUUAAGUAAUACAAAAAGGGAAAGCAGAGGUGAAGAAGGGUAACAGAAAUGAGACGCAAUUGUACCAGAGGGAGCUGCGAGGGAAAGAGAAGGAGCCACUGUUUUGCAAUCUGAAAAGAUAGAUGGGGACUCAGUUCACAUGUACACAAACCAAUUUUAGACUUUCAGUUAUGGAUAAAUGACUGGUAACAUAACUUGUGAGCCAAGUGCGGUAAAUACCUUGUAACUGCACCAUCCCCUACAUACUGAUUGCUGUGUUCUGCAGGAGAGAGCAUCCUGUAGAUACCACUCUAUAAUAGAAUCAUAGAGUUGGAAGGGACCACAAGGAUCAUCUAGUCCAACCCCCUGCAAUACAGGAAUCUUUUGCCCAACAUGGGGCUCAAACCCACAACCCGGAGAUUAAGUGUCUCAUGCUCUACUGCCUGAACCAGCUUCAAGGUGUCCUUUGUGAAAACUGGGCCUUUAGGGUGGUGGCACCUACUCUUGGGGACUCCCUCCCAUUGCACAUUAAACAGGCGUCUCUUCCAUUGGCUCUUUGGUACCUGCUAAAGGUGUUCAUUUUCCAACAAGCCUCCAAAAAUCUUUAUCCCAGUUGCUAUCAGUUCUGGAUCUGAGUUUAUUUUAUGCAUGUGUUGCUCUUUUAAACUGUUUAUAUUUACAGUUUUGUUUUGUCUUUUUAAAAAAACACACGCUGUUUUUAUUUGCAAUUAUUUUUAAGUUUUUAUAUAUGUUAAUUCAUCUACAGGUGUCAUUAUAUUGCAAAUUUCUCCAAGCCACCCCAAGGGAAGAGGAGAGGAGCAGAUUGUUUAAACCCAGAAGUCUGUAUAACAGCAAUUGAAGAUGGAUGUCCCAACCUCCUCAUCAUAAUCACUGAACCAGAGGAUGACCGGACAUGGAUCAUCCUCAAUAUUACAUGGAUAACUUCCAAGUCAUCCUCAGGAAUAUCCAGCAAUGGUGUGGGGACUCUUGCGUGACUGCAAUUUAUUUCUAUGAGGACUGCAGAGAAAAUUAUUUAUGAAUUGUGCUCUCUAUUUUCAAAGGAACGUCUCAUUCUUUGAAGAGAUAAACAUGAAAAGUCACCAAGAAGAAUGCCAUUUGCCCAGCAGUUUUCAUCCCAGCAACUUUACGGCAAAAAUGUUAUAUUUAUUUCAAAAUACACUACUCAAUGGAUACACAUCACCACCAGAGCCCGAACCACCCAAAAAGUUAGCAGCGUUUUUUGCAAGUACAAAAAUACACAUUUAUUUCAGAACAUAUACAAUAGCAAAGUUUUAUCAAUAUAUAUUAUACAAUCCUAAAUACAAUUCACAAGGGAAAGAAAAAUGUAAUAUCCAAAUUAAACACAAUAAGGAGAUGCACACGAAACGUGGGAGUUGUAAGUUAUAGGAGGGCAGGAUUUAUGCUUCAAUUAAAAAUGUCCCUUUUUUUGCUGAAGAAAAUGACUUCUCCUUUCCUCUUGAUUGUGCAUUUUACCACCUCCACUUACACUGAAUAUUUGCCACAGCAGUGAAAAGAGAGCUGGGGUCUUCAAUCCAUCUGAGAUGGGUGUAGAUGCAUCAGAGUGCUGUUGUGAUGGAGAUUUGUGGCGGAAGCCCGCAGAAAUGGACACUGGCUGAGAUUUGGUUGGCAACUUGAUUUGUUGUGGAAGAUUUGUGGAAGGUCAUGGGGUUAUGGGGACUGAUGUGGGCAAAGAUGAUCCAGAAAGCCAUAGCAGUGAACAGAGAGAUGGUGUUGAGAGCUCAUUGAAGACCCUGAAGGGGAGGUGCCCAGGGAUAAUAAACUCACCCUUGAGCAAAUAAGUAGAGGUGGUGAGAGAAGGCAGUUCGAUCCAUCAGAGAUGGGUGUAGCCUGACAUGGAGCACAGAGACUCAUUUUCAGAGUGGGCCAUACGCCUUGGAGCUUUUGGCUGAGCAAAGCAAGGAAGGGGAAGAGGAAGAAAGCUCUUCAUUUCCCCCUUCCCCUAAAAGGCAGCCUUCCUCCCUUAAUCAAAGUGCUGAACAUAGACCCAAGCCAGGUCCUGUCUUCAGCACUGAUUGUCAAUGGGUCAUUGAUGGAAACUUAAAUGAAACUGCCUUAAGAGUGAAACUGCCUUAAAAUAAAUGUUUAGAAUGUACAGGAAUGGAUCAGAGAAAAACUGAAUAGCAAGCACAUGUAUAAUUAUUUGCAAGUGCUGUAGAAUCAAAAGUUUCUCUUAAGGCAGAUGUGAUAUACAGAAUCUGACAAUGGGAGGAACAAGAGGAACUUCUUGAGGGUGGACCUGCCAAGGGAGGAGGCAGUUGGAGCUUUGUAAUAAACUAGGUGGUUUUCACAACUAUUUUUCUUUACUUGCAGGCUUCUGUCAUCGUACAGUUUCUGACAGAAAAUAAAUGGAGAUGGUGAGAGAAGGCGGUUUGAUCCAUCUGAAGUGAGUGUAGAUGGAUCAGAGUGCUCUCCUGAUGGAGAUUUGGGGUGGAUUUGGGGAGGGUCCUCUGCUUCUGAAAUAUGACACCAUGGCAAUCCAAGAGUCAUAAAGGCAAAAUACCAGAGACAUUUCCACACUUUCUUGGGGGCCCACCUUGGAUCAGCGGUUGGCUCUUUCCCUGGCCUGCGUGAAGAGAGUCUGGAGUGGCCUCCUCACAAAAGCCCUGCUCAUCUCCACCCCAGCAUGUGGCUAAAAAACAGAGCCUCCACCAUGAAAAACUGGACUCUUCCUGCUUGGAGGCUCUUUCCCUUUUUUGAAGAGACACUUCCAUUGAACCAAACGCCUUUGAGCUUCAAAAGAGCAAUACGAUACCAUAGCUAUGGAGCCCAGACUGACCAAAACUCUGCCUUAAAAUCAAGAGUCAAGGAUAAGUGUCUAAAGGAAAGGCUGCUGAGCUGCCCAGCUCCCUCAGAAGAACUACUUUCCUGGCAUCCAAAGGAUCCACUUGUGACUCCAAGGUUAUUUUAAUGGGACAGUUCUUUUUCUCUUUUCAUGGUGGAGGCUCUGCUUUUUAGCCACAUGCUGGAGUGGAGACGAGCAGGGCUUUUGUGAAGACGCCACUCCAGACUCUCUUCAUGCAGGCCAGAGAAAGAGCCAACCCCUCAUCCAAGGUCCAAGAAAGUGUGGAAAUGUCUGUGGCAUUUUGCUUUUAUGACUCUUGGACUGCCAUGGUGUCAUAUUGCGGAAGCAGAGGACGCCCAAAUCUGCUGCACCUCAUCAGGAGAACACUCUGAAAGCGAGUCUGGGUAUGUCCUUUUUUGCUGAAGAAAAUGACUUCUCUUUUCCUCUUGAUUGUGCAUUUUACCACCUCCACUUACAUUGAAUAUUUGCCAUAGCAGUGAAAAGAGAAGAGUUCCUUGUAUUUCUUAUCCCAGCUCUGUGAACAGUGGGUUUCCUUGAUUCAGGCAGAGUUUCAUUUAAGUUUCCAUCAAUGACCCCCCCCCCCAAUAUCCGCCACAAAUCUCCAUCAGGAGAGCACUCUGAUGCAUCUUAAAAACGAGAUCAAGAGAACAGGAGUAGGGACUCCAUGUUGACCCUGAGUGACACUGAUUUGGACCCGCUGGAAGCAGAGGACACCCCCCCCCCCAAAUCCGCCACAAAUCUCCAUCAGGAGAGCACUCUGAUGCAUCUGUAGAUUGCAUCAGAGUGCUCUCCUGAUGGAAAUUUGUGGCGGCAGCCCGCAGAAAUGGACACUGGCUGAGAUUUGGUUGGCAACUUGGCAGAAGAUUUGUGGAGAUUUGUGGAAGGUCAUGGGGUUAUGGGGAUUGAUGUGGGCAAAGACGAUCCAGAAAGCCAUAGCAGUGAAAAGAGAGAUGCAUCGAACCGCCUUCUCCCACCACCGCCACUUAUUUGCUCAAGGGUGAGCUUAUUAUCCCUGGGCUCUUCCCCUUCAGGGUCUUCAAUGAGUUCUCAACACUAUCUUGAGAGCUCAUUGAAGACCCUGAAGGGAAAGUGCCCAGGGAUGAUAAGCUCACCCUUGAGCAAAUAUUCAACUUAAGUGGAGGUGGUGGGAGAAGGCGGUUCGAGAGCAUCAGAAAUGGGUGUUGAUGAAUACCCAGACUCACUUUCAGAGUGCUCUCCUGAUGAGGUGCAGCGGAUUUGGGGAUCCUCUGCUUCCAGUAGGUCCAAAUCUAUGUCACUCAGGGACACCACCUCUUUGCUCCCCUCCUCUUUUUUAUUGAGGUUUGCGCAGUCAUUCAAUUCAUUUUCCAAACUGUCGGAUGAGGAGUCAUGCAGACGAACAGAAGAGAGAUCUGCAAGAGGAUGAAAUAGGUGUCAGCACACCCUCAGGUGUCACUCGCGCCAUCAAAAGCAACAUAGCUUAAUUAAAACAUAAGCAGAAUUUUAUCCACUAUUUUGCAGCAGGCGACGUAUUUUACCAUUCUUAAUCUAAAUUUGGUUAUUCUCACAGCCAUCCUGUGAUGGUUCAGAACAGAGACAGAGCAGAGUGGACUUGCUGCAGGCUGCUCAGUCAGCUUUAUGAGAUUUGAUCCCAGGAGCCUUGCAUCCAGACCACACAUUGCCCACUUCCCUGUACUGUGACCUGGAGUACGUAUUACAACCACUAUGGAGAAGAUGCCAAACAGG